UUUGACUACUACUACAUGUAGUGGCUCUGGCUCCCUCUCUAUCGUUUAGUUGUGGAAACAUAUAUUGCGGCCUAAAAGUAUAUAAUAACUAAUAUCACUAUGUGCAUGAAUAAUGUUCAUUAUAUAUAAGAUUGAAUAUAUAAGCAUAAAUCGUGAAAAGCCUUUCCAUAGCUUUAGAUUAGAAGAUAGGUAUAGUAGUGUGUAGCUUAUGCCAAUUAAUUAGUGAUCAUAUUCUCAUAUACCAAAUAUGGCUUUCACUACUACUACUCCUACACUUCUCAUAUCUCUUCUUCUUCUUCUUCAAUUUUUAUCAGGGACUCAUUCUGCCACGUUCACAAUCACAAACAAUUGUAACUACAACGUAUGGCCGGCCAUUCUAUCAAACUCCGGUUCCCCUCUGAUUACUCCGACCGGCUUCGCCCUCGGCCCCACCGAUUCCGAGGCCAUCCCGGUACCGCCUAAUUGGUCGGGCCGCUUAUGGGGGCGAACCCACUGCGCCGCCGAUAUCAACGGAAAAUUCACAUGCCUCACCGGAGACUGCGCCACAUCCUCCGUGGAGUGCGGCGGCGGAAACUUAUCUCCCCCGGCAACCACAGUGGAGUUCGCUUUAACCGACAGCGCCGGACCCGCUAAGUAUCUUAUAAGCCUGGCCGACGGUUACAACCUGCCGUUGAUGGUGGUGCCCCAAAGUGGGGCCGCCGGGACCGGAAAUUGCGGGACAGUUGGAUGCGUCAUGGACUCGAAUUCGGAGUAUUUUCCGAAGGAGCUCCGAGUUACGUCGUCAAGUACAGGUACCGGUAACGGUAACGAUACUACUACGUUGGCUAUUAAGAGCGCGUGCGGCGGCGCGUCGGGAGCGGGGAAUUGUAAUUCUAAUAGUAACUCGGAAUUGUUCAAGAAAUGGUGCCCUCAAGCUCAAGCUUCUGUUUAUGAUAAGAGUAGCGGAAGCACAUGUCAGUCUUCUGAUUUCGUCAUCCAUUUCUGCCCUUCUGGUUUUCCUGCCACUCGCAACAACGGUGAUAAUAUUGGAGGAGAAGGGGCAUCGUCGUCAUCGGAUGAUCUUGGAAAAGACACAAAUAAAACAUUUGGAAUAGUAAUUGGUGUGGUGGCUGGAGUAAUAGGGCUUGUGUUGAUAAUUUGGCUAUGCCGUAAAUACAUAAAGAAAUCUUGCACAUGUACUUGUUGUGGCUUAUUCUCUUGUACCAUUUGUGGUGAUCGUGAUUGAAAUGUAAUAUUUGGCCUCUAUAUUUAUAUUUAUAUAUGUUGAUUCAAGGUAAAAUCUUAAUUUGGAAGAUUUUGUAUUGAUAAUUCUCUUCAA